GAAAGAAUCUCUGCUUCUGCGAGGCCAAGAACGACAAGGAGCAGCAGCACAUGAAAAACCGAAGAAGAGCUGCAGCAACACAAAUCAUUUGCUCUUUUGUUCGAGCAACCAGUACACUAACGGUAAGCAGGGCCCCCUCCACGAGGAGCCAAAGGCGGCGAAGGAAAAUCUCGAAAACGGAAGCAAAGUGCUCGCAGCAGUAAAGCAAGAUGAGGUAGAUGAGGCAAAAAAAUAUUAUUUGCUAUUGACGAAAGUGUGGGAAGAAAAGGUUGAAAAAUUUCAAAAGGAGCGCGAGGAGCUGAAAGAGCAAAUUACAAUUCUCCAGUCGUGAAAAUAGCAGCGCGAUGGAUAAUCACAAGGAAAAGAAUAAUCCCACGCAGAAAUCCGCUCUUGAACGUGAGAAGCUUGUGAGGACAUGUCUUCGCUCAUCGGGUUUUCAGUAAACGUAACAGGAGAUUAAUAUUUACAGUAACCGCUGCGAAGAACUAGUUAAGAUGCACUGACGAAGACGAUGAUGGAGUGGAGAGAAGACCUUUCCCACUGCAGCUGCCAAGCGCAAAUAGAUUUUUUUACAUAUUAUCUAUAUCUUCAUAAGUAUUCUAGUAAGGACGAGUGGCUUUAGUACCUUGUACGCGUAAAAAAAUUCGUGCUCAGUACUAACAGUACUAGCAAGAAGAAAUGUAGUGAAGAUAAUUGUUUUGGCGUUUUGACAAUGUGCUGGAGUUGUUUUGGCGUUUUGAGCAUGAGGAAGUAGCAUAAGAAAGCAUGAAAAUGAAUGGAGAUUUGGACUUUAAUAACACUAGUUUGUUUUUCGAGUAACCAAGACGUAACAACACCCCCAGACUUCACGCUACUACUUUUUUGUCCCAAGUGGACCAAGAACCUGCAUGCGCAUGAUCAAAACUAGUGGGAAUAUUAUCGUCC